AACCACCACCACCUUUUGUCUCUUCCUUUCUCUUUCACCACUGUCUCUGUGUCCGGUCGAAAUUACAAAGCAUUCAAAAAACAACAAUAAAGUUUUAAGUAUCAGGCGUGACAUUAAAAGGAGACGCUUUGAUGCUCCACCUGAGAGUAAAAUCUGUAAGGCUUGUUACCAGCAUUCAGACGUUAAUUCUGUUUGCGACACAGCCAGACAGGACACGAAAAAUAAAGUUACUAUAAGCUCUUGUAGGUGACUCAGUCAUUGGCUCCUAGUCAGAUUGCGGCUUUUAUUUGAGUUAAAACUAGAUCAAGUCUUCUGCGUAUAGUAAACACUGGUAGGCUGUUACUUUUACACAGUAUUCAGUUGUGGGAUAUAUGAGGAAUGGUUGUAUGGGUGUGAAGCCACACAGUGGCCCUCAUUAGCUGCGUCUUUGUUACAGUAAGCAAGGCCUCACAGUGCUCAGAUGCUGCAGGUCCAGAUUAGGGCUUACACCCACCAGCAGUCCUGAAAAGCCACCCCUGAAUCAAGCCUAAUCCUACUCCAAGACGUUCCCUUUUUUGACUCCCUGCACCACACACAGACACAAAACAUUGGCCGCUACAGACACACAAAGAUGUCCACACAAGAGCACCAACUGGAGACUUCAGAAUUACUUUUUGUAGUUUUUGGAUUCCAGUCGCUGUGGUGUGUCUUUAAUCCUGGUCCAGAGAUCCUGUCAGCUGCUUACAGACCACAGGCCUCUUUCUCUUUGUUACACAAAUCAGACGUGCUGAUAGCCGUCUAAUAAAUCCAAGACUUUUAGAGGAUGAAACAACCUGGUUUUUAUUGUGUUGUUUCCUCCAGAAAUGUAAACAUCUGAAAUGAGUUUUACAACUAAGGAAUCUUGGAAGACGUGGGAUUUUCUAUAGAUGUUGUGAAUGCAGGUCUGUAGCUAGAAAUGUAAAAGACAAAACGCCACCAGACCUUUCAACUUGUUCAAAGAAAAACUAGACAUGUCAUGUAGGCGUGUCAACUCACCAUUUCAUCUUUAACAAUUUCAUUUUGUGAGGUGUUUUGGCUCAUUCAGAAUUAAAGAAAGGGUCUUAAAAUGUACGAUGUCAGGGCAACAUGCAGAUCCACAAGCAGCAAUGAGCCUGUUAAUCAGUAUUCACAGUACCGCCUUCUACACGCACCAGUAGAAUUUCACAGGCGUUUGUAACCAUGUUACAGUUGAUUUCUGUCAACUUGUUCACACUUGUUAGGCUUGUUAUUGUUGCUUUUCUUGGAUGGAUGGUGUUGCUUAGUCUCUGUACCUUUGUGUCAUCUCAUAAACCUCUUCAAAGAACUUCCCUCACCUGUGUUAAGGAGCUGUUUUAGUGUGUGUUUAAACGUGACCAGCCGGUAACCUGCUGUUUUGGUUUAUGCUUUAAGUGGACCAAAAACAAGGUUUAUUAGGACUUCACAUUUUCCCCUAAAAAUGAUUUAUUUUCAACAUUUACCAAAUUAUUGAAAAAGUAAAAUUUGCAUCCAAAUUAGGGAUGCAACGAUACCACUUUUUUCCCAAACCGAUACGAUACCUAUACUUGAAUCUGAGUACUCGCCGAUAUAGAUUACCAAUAUCAAUACUUCUACUACACAAAAAAAUGCAAUGAUUUGGAAAACAGAUUCUAUUUUCUUCUCUGCUUUCAACAGGAAAAGACUGUGAGGUAGAUAAAAUGUAAAAUAUAUGAAUGGAAAUCAUCACAAAAUUACAAUAUUAGGUGAACAGAAAUGACAAGUUACAGUGAAGCCAUUUCCAAGCAACUGCAUUGGUAUCGGUUAACUUUUACAGAUACUGGUAUUGGUAUCGGUAUUGGCACCGAUACCAAUACCAGUAUCGGUAUCGGUGCAUCCCUAAUCCAAAUAUUUAUCUCUUCUGUUUUCAGAAUUAAUUUGGAGUUAAGACGCACUCAAUGAACCCUAAUAAUAAUAAAAAAAAUUUGUUUGGGACCCCAACCAGAGACCCGCGUUUGGUUUUGGAUACUUGUGCUCUUAAUAAACCAUUUGGGGUUGACAGAAGUCUAUUUGACUCCUUGGGACAGGUUGUUUUCUGGUCCUCAAGGGCCACUAUUUUGCAAGCCAUAAAAGUUUCUCUGCUCCAACACACCUAAUCGUAAUUCAGUUGGUGAAUAGUCUUCUGCAGAAUUUAGGACAUGCUAAUGAGGCAAAUUAACCAGUGAAGCAGGCGUGUUGAUGUAGAGGAACAUCCAGGAAGAACUCCUACUAAAACCCUGUCCGUUGAAACAGCCAAUGAGCAUCUCUUUACCACAGUUUUUGCUAAUUUAAAAGGUUUUUGUUUUUUUGCUAUUUUUCAGAACCUGACUCCUCUGUUUACUUUGUUCUUCAGCUAUAAUACCUGGGAUGAAUUGAAUUAUCCCUGAAGCAGCAGCAGAUUUUUCUUUGGCGUUGAAACAAAGCCCACUUUCUCCAGUCCAGAGAGCUUACAUGUAAAACCUUUCCCUCUUUUUCUGGUGUACUUGCACAUUGAGCCGUGGAAAGUAUUUCCAUCCUAUAAUCUGGUGUGUGUACAUCCUCAACCAGAGUUUACAUAAAAGAAAGUCUUACACAGUGAUCUUUGCGGCUCGUCUCAAACCUCAAAUCCUGUUUGCCGUCCUUCACGACGCCUUUAGCCGCGCUGAAUUUACAGAAACACGGUCGCACAAACAAACCAUGAAAUCACACAAGCGCCCACAAAGAUGGCCCCAUUUCUGCGGACACGUCAUUGUAGUCAUGUUUGUUGCCACGGUAACAGCACAAUCAUCCUGGGUGGCCUGUCUUGUUUUUGUGUUUUGCAUGGCACCAAAUGAACUUCCCUGCCAGCACAUCUUCUCUCCAAUCGUGUUUUUGGUUUACAGGAAUUCAGAGACAUAUACGAUGCGGUUUUAAACCUUACAACAGUCUGGGUGAAGCAUUGUUUGGCUGGAAAUUGGACCUCAAAUGGGGUUGUGUUGCACAAACACAAACUGCACAGUUCUCAAAGGCAUCCAUCCUUGUGAGACCCAACAUUUGUUUUGGCUUCCACAAGUGAAGUGUUUCAGCCGGGAGCGUCUGGCAACUUCUAUUCCUGCUAUCUUUUCCGUACAGAAUACCACACGCUAAAUUGAGCUGUCCGAAUGUGGUAACAAGAUGCACAUAACUGAACGCUGAGAGGGAACAUUCCACGACUGGGUUCCUGAUGUUGCUUCCAUGGUUGCUGCCAUCUCGGAUGGCAGAUGUACCUCAGAAUCGAAAUAGAAUGCCAUUUGCAUUUUUGCCAUUUCACAUCCACUUCACAGAAAGAUACAAUUACUAGUACUAAAAGAGGAGAUGAACUGCAAAACUGACAAGUAGGUGUUUAUUUAACCAAACUAAUCUUUAAGAUGAACUAAAUGUGUCAAUAAAGCAGUUUUAUUCAGACUUAUUAUCAUCCGCAGAUGAAAAAGAGCUGAUCCUGUUUUAGCCUGUGCGUGUUAGCAAAAUAACUCAUAAACCACCUGAUGGGUUUUAAUGAAACUCAGAAACUAAUCGCUCAGUGUUCAUCUAAAAUGUAUUGACUUUCAAGUCAAUCUCCUUCAAGAUGGCUAUCACAGCUAAUUGGCAUUAGAAAACACAUAAAUGACUAUAAAGGAGUUAACUUAUGAGUCUUCCGUUACUCAUACUUUAAUCACUGACUGGGUGCUAGAUCAGAAGAUCUUUGCAACACAGUACUCUUUAAAACUGGGACUGACAAGAGCUGGUGCGUUUUGUUGCCCUCCUGUUGAUAGAAAAGCAUCCAGAUCAUCAAGACGGAGACAAAAUUGUAAGAAAUAAGGAUAGACCGAUAUAUCAGGAAGUUUUUUAAAAUGUUUUUUAAAACGCAAUGAAUAUACAAAAAAUGAAAAAAGUAUUUUAAAGGUUUUUUAUACAUCAGCAUUGGCCGAUAACUUUAUGAUUUAAAAGUCAGGCACAUCAGAAGGCAGCCCAGUGCUAACAUCUGCUUAAUUCUUGCUUUAACCCUCCCAAUGUCCUAAUGGGUGUGACCCUGUAAGGAAAGUUGACCAUUGAGCAGGAUUGAUGGUUUAUCCCUUAGGUCCAUGUGGCAGGGGUGAGGAGUGAGCUCCACCUCACCCCUGCCACGUGGACCUCCUCAAUGGAUAAACCAUCAAUCCUGCUCAAUGGCCAGCUCUCCUCACGGGGUCACCCAUAAAGACAGUGGGAGUGUUAAAUUAUUAUUGUGAAUGGACGUUUCUUUUUAUUUAACAUUAUAUACCAUUUUUGUGUUAAACUUCUGGGCAGUUUAUUUAUUUGUUUGAUUAACUUUAGUUAAAUCCAUCCAUUCACCCAUCGUCUUUACCCGCUUAUCCACGCAGGGUCGUGGGGAGGCUGGUGCUUAUCUCCAGCAGUCUUUGGACAAGCAGGUGGGGUACACCCUGUAUAGAGAGCCAUUUCAUCGCAGGGCAACACAGAGACACACAGGACAAACAACCAAGCACACAUACCCUCACACCUAAGGACAAUUUAGAGAGACCAAUCAACCUGACUAUCAUGUUUUGGGACUGUGGGAGGAAGCUGGAGUACCCGGAGAAAACCCACGCAUGCACAGGGAGAACACUUUAAUUAAAUGUUUGAUUUUAAUACGUGCACAAAAUUAAGAUUCAACAGUUGAUUAAAUUCAGUCAGACAACUGAUUAGGUUCUAAAAUGUGUCUGUUGUUAUUAGUACGACAUUAUAACAUGCAGAUAAGGCGAAAACCUUAAAGAUUUUGGGAAAGAAAAUUGGCCCAAAGAACUGGCAGCACAUAUCCGCCAUCAGCUGAACAUAAACACAUAUCAACAUCACUGCUGGCAAUAGAAAAACCAUAGCAUUCUGUUACUUUUUCUUGAUUUUUUUAUGUUGUCCAAUUGAUUUGUGAGGGGUUUCUCCAACUUUUAGCAAAGUUACAGGAUGAAAUAUACUGUAUGUUUCUACUGGGCAUACAUUGGUUUUAGCUCAGAUAAUAAGGAAAUAAUUUAUAAUGUUUCUGUGAAACUGGUUCAAAUGAUGGUAAAACAUUUUCAAAGGUAAAUUGUACCUAAUUAGUCGAAUAAUGAAUCAGUCAAUCAAAUUUUAUUUAGCACCUUCCACAAACUUAACAGAAGCUCAAGGCGCUGAACACAGACAAAAACAUAGAUAGACAUAAUAAAUAUUAAAGGGAGAAUAAAAAUCGCAUAAGAACAAUCAAUAAAUAAACACAAGGGCUUCCAAAUGCAAAAUAAAACCAAUCAAAUGUGUCAAAACACUGGAUUUCAGUUUAGCGUUACAAAUUAUAUCUGCUGUGUUAAACUUUAUAGUAUGGUCUCUGUCCACCAUGUGAGCUAUUAAAACAUUUGUCCUUUGAAGCUGCCAGAUGAGCUGCAGACAUUUAGAGGUGGGUGGAUUAGUCGUGCAUUUUCUGCUUGAUAGAUUUCACAGUAUUCAUAUGUCUCCUCAUCUAAUCAGUCUGCUUUCAUUCGUACGCUGUUCUGGUCUCCUGCCUCAUACCUUUCCUUAAAACUUUUUGAAAGUUUCUCAAAUGCUUUAUCCCAUCCACCAUAUCCUCGUUUUCACCCGAUUGUUUGUUCUCAUGAAUAAUUGAUCGACUUUGGCACGUGUCGGAGCAGUAGGCACGCCUGUGAGGGAGAGUACGACUAAAACUUUUAAAAGGUUGGCUGUGGAAGAGGAGAGAAGAUGAAGGAGGCAGGAGAGGCGGCCUGGUGUGUGUGUAAAUGUGUGUGUGCACAUACUUCAGAGAGUUUGCAUGGUGAGUGGGUGGGUGCGUCAUUCAGUCGGCCUGAGCUCUCUGCAGUGCACUCUCCUCCCAGCUGAGUGGAAACACAUCAUGUGUCUGUGGGACGUCCAGAGGAGCAGCCCAGUUUCCCCAGACUGAGACCAGAACGGACAGUCUGAGCUGGACGGGGAAGGAAGCGGACUCAAAGAACAGAAGAUAAAGGGACUAGAGGAUUGUUUUUUUGUCUUCCAUCAGCUGGACCCUUCACCUCAGACUUGGCUAUGCCAUGCUGGCCCAGAGGAACGGGCUCCCUCCAGGCUGCAAACCAGUUCUCCUAAAGGAUAACCCUGAUCUGCGGGAUGUGGACAAGAAUGCCGAAACCUGCUGCUCCUUCUCAUCCUCCUCAUCAUCUGGAGGUUGUCCCUGGGCUCGGCUGGCAGGUGUCGAUGGCUGCCUGUCCGAGCCAUACUGUCUAUGGUUCCAGCUUUUGGCCAGAGCCUACUGGGGUGAUGUGGAGCUUGGGCUCACCAGUCUGAACUGCAGUGCAUCGUGGGCUCGGCUUCGAGAAGCCUCCAAGAAGAACCGCAUCCGUUCUCGGUCCAAGCAGAAGGAUGGGCGCGAUCAGAGUGAGACGUCGGCCACCGUUUCUCCUGGAGGAGAGGAGGAGCCUUUUUCCUGGCCGGGUCCGAAGACACUUCACCUACGGAGGACCUCCCAGGGCUUUGGCUUCACGCUGCGACACUUCAUCGUCUACCCUCCUGAGUCCGCCGUCCACAACUCUUUGAAGGAUGAUGAAAAUGGCAGCCGAGGGAGACAGAGGAACCGACUGGAGCCAAUGGACACCAUUUUCGUCAAGCAAGUAAAGGAGGGAGGCCCCGCCCACGGAGCUGGACUCUGUACAGGGGAUCGGAUCGUGAAAGUGAACGGAGAGAGCAUCAUCGGGAAGACGUACUCGCAAGUCAUAGCUUUGAUCCAGAACAGUGAUGCAUCGUUGGAGCUCUGUGUGAUGCCCAGAGAUGAAGACAUUUUACAGCUGUUUUCCAGGGAUAUCACUGCUCUGGCUUAUUCUCAGGAUGCAUACCUCAAAGGAAAUGAGGCUUACAGCGGAAAUGCUCAGAACAUCCCAGAGCCUCCUCCCUUAUGCUACCCUCGCAUAGAGCUCAACCCUGCGGGCAUGGCCCAGUUGUCGGAGCUCGCCCCAGUCAGGGAUACCCCCAGAGGGCCGGUGCCGGGACCAGGGAGGCGAGCAGCAGCUGUGGAGAACAGCUAUCGGGUGGAAAUCCCUGUUCCUCCUUCUCUUCCUCUGCAGCAGCAGGUAGUGAAGACUCAAGCGGUGGUGUGUGUCUCUACUGAGAAUGUUAGGACUCCAGACAUCCUCCCUGAUCCAGUGGACAGGGGGUCACGGGUGGCUCGGGCUGGACCCAGCCACAGGACAGAAGAAAACCGGUACAAUUCUUCAGCAGAGAGUGGCACCACUAGACCCAAACCUAUCAUUCCCUCUGUCCCUGGGGGUGCACAGCUACAGUACACCUCCUCCCACCUCACAGAAACACCAAACUUCUCCCCCUCGUCCACUUCCAGACCCGAUACAGUCCUUUCUGAGACCUUAUCCCCACCAGUACGAGCACCGACUGCUGCUGCAUCAUCUGACCUAUUCUCAUCAGCCAUCUCACCCUCUACCAACCACUACUCCCCCUCUCCCACAGCCCCCUCCACCUCGCCACACCAGAACAUUGACUGGAGAACCUACACCACCUAUAAGGACUACAUCGAUGCUAAGAGGCUGCACACAUACGGCUGCCGCACCAUCCAGGAGCGCUUGGAUAGCCUCCGUGCAGCCACCAGUUCUAGCUCUGCCUACACCCAGAAGCGUACUCCCACAUCAUGUAACAAUCAGAAAGGGAUGUCUGGCUCUCAGGGCAGACGGAAGAGCACGUCUAACGACCGUGGGGGGGAUACAGGAGGUCGGUGUGCUACAGUGACAGCUCCAUUACGGAGCGUGUCCCAGGAGAGGUUAGGGGGGCCAGCAGAAAGGACCACCAGGAACUGGCCUCGAAGUGCUUCUCAAGACGCUCUGCCUUUCUCCAACACCAUCAGAGUCAUCAAACCUCGAGCGCGGUCAUGUGACUACCUGAGCCAGCAGCUCGGAGAGCAAGGCAGUGUUGUGUCUGGAGACAGGGCAGCGGUGGAGGAAAGGCUACUCCUCUGUGAUGGAGGAAAGAAACAGGAAACAAGCCAGAGGGUUUUACCUCAUCUGAGCCGGAGUCUCACUGGACAAGAGGAAGAUGGACGCACAGGUGGAUUACUGAACUCACCUGAAGCUGCGCCUGACUCUACCAAAGGUACGGCGGAUUCUGCAUCGCCGAGGACAGACGGGCUCAUAAUGAGACCUUCUCGUUUGCCUGUGAAAAACUCCAUCUCAGACCUUUCUCCUGCCUUAUUCUCCAUUAAAAUCACAGACCCUCCUAAAGACCAAAAAGCUAACAUCAUGGGGAACCACCUUAGCUACUCGUCCCCUCUGAACCUGCAGCUCAGGGGCAGAGCUGACAGCCUAAAAAUGGAGGGCAGGUUAGAUUCGGGAUUAACAGCCAGAUCUUCAUCCUGCUCUGGAGCCUCCUCCAAACUGCCCAUGCACAGACAGCUACAAAGUGGAGUUGCUACCAUUACGUCUUCAUCAUCUUCCACUGGAGCAGUGACCCAAAAGCCAAAUGUCAAAGUAACCUCUAGUUCUACCAGCGCUCUUGAGAGGACUAAUGGUGGCUUUUCAGAGAGGGUCAAAGGACCUGACGCUACAGUUGUGGUCCUCAGAAGGGGCAAACUCUCUGGAGGCGCCCGUGUCCGACCGCCGUCCUACGUAUUAGCCGUUAACGACAACCGGAGCGCAGCGAAGCACAAGUCUCCACCCCUGGUGAAGGCCGGUUCUGCAGAUGGAGCUAUGUGUUGGAUGUCUAAUGAGAGCUGCAGGAGGAGGCUGAGAGACACGAGACACGAGAUCUCAGGUUCAAACAACCUGGAUGACUCUCUGGAUUCAAUCCCUUUCAUAGAUGAACCGUCCAGUCCCAGUCUGGACCUGGACAGCACACACAUUUCUGCCUCGGUUGUGAUGUCAGCAGCGCCGCUUGUCACCACCAUCCCACCCAGCCCCACCUCUUCAUCCCCUCUCAUUUGUCGCCAGCUGUCACACGAUGAAGAUUCUGGUCUCAAAACAGAGCGAUCGAAGUCUUAUGAUGAAGGCAUCGAUAUCUACCAGGAGGAAGGAAGAGGGGGGUCCAUGUUACCUGGUCUAAAAGGGCUGAGAAAGGCUGUGGACAGAUCAUCUGAUGAUUCCGGCUCAAGGAGAGAUUCUUCAUCAGAUGUUUUCUGCGACGCCACCAAAGAAGGUUUUCUGCAUUUCAAGCAGCUUCACUUAGAAAAGGGAAAGCGUGUCGGAGGAGGAGGUAUGCGGCAGUGGAAGCAGAUGUACGGCGUCCUGAGAGGCCACUACCUCUGCUUGUAUAAAGACAAGAAGGAAGGCCAGGCUCACGCCAGCUGUCAGAUCGUUGAGGAGCCGCUGCAGAUCAGCAUCAAGGCCUGUCUGAUCGACAUCUCCUACAGCGACACCAAGCGUAAGAACGUGCUGAGGCUGACCACGUCGGACUGUGAGUACCUGUUCCAGGCGGAGGACCGGGAGGACAUGCUGGCGUGGAUCAGAGUCAUACAGGAGAACAGCAAUGUGGAUGAGGAGAACUCAGCAUUUACCAGCCAUGACCUCAUCAGUAGGAAGAUCAAGGAGUACAACACCUUAAUGAGUCCAACUGGUAGCAAAACCGAGCCGUCGCCGAGAGCGUCCCGUCAGUCGCUGAGCAUCAGACAGACGCUGCUGGGGGGUAAGGGGGAAACCAAAGCAACGAGUCCGCACUCACCCAAACCGGAGCAGGAGAGGAAGAGCCUGCACAAAGACGACACCAGCCCUCCCAAGGACAAAGGCACGUGGAGGAAAGGAAUCCCAGGGCUGAUGAGGAAACCUUUUGAGAAGAAGCCGUCUCCUGGGGUCACGUUUGGAGUGAGACUGGACGACUGUCCUCCUGCUCUGAAUAACAAGUUCGUGCCUCUGAUUGUGGAGGUUUGCUGUAAGCUAGUGGAGGAGAGGGGGCUGGAGUACACGGGAAUCUACAGAGUACCUGGAAACAACGCCGCCAUCUCCAACAUGCAAGAGGAGCUCAACAACAAGGGCAUGAGUGACAUCGAUAUCCAGGAUGAUAAAUGGAGAGACCUCAAUGUGAUCAGCAGCUUGUUAAAGUCUUUUUUUCGUAAACUUCCCGAGCCUCUCUUCACUAAUGACAGGUACACAGAUUUCAUCGACGCCAACAGAACCGAGGAUCCGGUGGAGAGACUCAAAGUGCUUAAAAGGCUGCUUCACGAGUUGCCAGAUCAUCACUACGAAACCCUGAAGUUCCUCUCAGCUCAUCUGAAAACUGUGGCUGAAAACUCAGAGAAAAACAAGAUGGAACCGAGGAACCUCGCCAUCGUGUUCGGCCCCACUCUGGUCCGCACCACCGACGACAACAUGACCCACAUGGUGACACACAUGCCGGACCAGUACAAGAUAGUGGAGACGCUCAUUCAGAACUAUGAUUGGUUUUUCACCGACGAUGGAAACGGAGAUCCAGUGACCGCGUCCCACGAAGAGAGCGCCGUGGAGUCUCAGCCCGUCCCAAACAUCGACCACCUGCUGACCAACAUCGGGCGGACGGGGACGUCUCAGGGGGAAGUGUCAGCUUGCGGACAGGAGAGACGGCACGAUUCUCCAGCUAGUGACUCGGCUAAAUCAAAGGGUUCCUGGGGCUCUGGGAAGGAACGGGAGCUCCUAGUCUCCUCCUUGUUUGCUGCAGCCAACCGCAAAAGAAAGAAGUCAAGGGAGAAGCCGCAGCCUAGCAGCUCGGAUGAUGAACUGGAGGCUUUGUUUUCCAAAAACCACUCGCCUCAGAUGGAGGAGCAGGCCAAGACCCAUCCCAGUCCAGAGUCCAACACAAAGCAGCAAGAGGAGAAGAAGGAGAGCAGGAGAAGUGCGGAGUUCACAUCUAAAGCCAAGAAGGAGCACCGAAACUCCUUGUUCUUUAGGGAGAAGGCUCCACCCAGACGCGCCUCAGCUUCACCCUCCCAGGGGAAGUCCUCCCUGUCAGAUCCUCCAUCCCAGCUGGAUGAAAACACCUCUGACCUCGGCACCAUCAGCUCAGGAGCUUCUGUCCCUCGCUCAAGACCCAAAAAGUGGACUGGUGGAGCCAUCCCUGACCUGCCUGCUGGUGUCGGACCAGGGGCUGUUGCAGAGACAGCCGCUGGCACUGAGGUGAGCUCCAUCACCUCCGACUACUCCACCACCUCCUCCAUCACAUUCCUGACCGGCGCCGAGUCGAUCGUUCUCAGCCCAGAGCUGCACGGCGGGGAGGAGGCAGACGACGAGCGCAGCGAGCUCAUCAGCGAAGGACGGCCCAUGGAGACAGACAGCGAGAGCGAGUUCCCGGUGUUCGCUCCAGGAGGCGGCAGCAGCGAGUCCACCCCACGACCGGACCAGAGUCAGAACGCCGAGGCCAGAGGAGAGAAAGGUGCAGCAGAGCGGAGCGCCUCGCCCAAACCGGAAGCACGCCGCCUUUUCCCAACACACAGAAUGAUUGAGUGUGACACGCUGUCCAGAAGGUGGUCCCUGAGACAUAAAACAGACAGUGACUCGUCAGCAGAGGGCGCCGUUGGGAGCGGAGAGCGAAAUGAAGGGAGGACAGAAUCCUGCAGCCGCUGGUCUCGAGUUCUGGAGGUGAUGAAAAAAGGCCGAUCGACGAGCAGCAUCAGCUCGUCUUCACGCAGCGAGUCGGAUCGUUCAGAGCCAGCCUGGCACCUGAAGAUCACCGAGCGACUUAAAUUCAGGUUACGCUCGCCUGCUGAUGACAUGUUCUCCCAGAGGAGCCGAGGCCUCGACGCUCGUGGGAAGAAGAAGAACAUCCGGAGGAGGCACACCUUGGGUGGACAGAGAGACUUUGCAGAGCUGGCGGUUAUUAACGACUGGAGGGAGCAGGGCGGGGUGGACCAGACGGCUGACCUGUCCCCGCUGGACCACCCCAAACCCAGAUCCUCCUCUCAGGACUACUCCAUCCGAGACUGGAUCCCCAGGGAGCGGCGCAGAUGUUCCGGCCCGAACGCAGAGGUGGCGCCUAAAGCCGAGCCAGAGGACGAUCAUCCGGAAGCUUCGGAUCUCGUUCCUGAAAACCCUUCACCGUCUCCAGAUGCCCAGCUUCCAGCGGGGGACCACGUUAACGGCAGCGGGCUGCAGGACAAAAACAAAACGUCCCUCGGGACGGACGCUCACCCACACAAGCUCUCUGGAGGACAGGUCGUCCGCUCACGGUUCUACCAGUAUUUGUGAAUGUGUGUAAUUUAGCACAGUAUUUUUUCUACAGACAUGUGUCUCCUGUACAUACGCCUUCAUGAUUGUUACUAAGAGAUGCUUAUGCAUGUAAAUCUCUGCCAUAUUGGAGCGGGCACGGAAACACGACCUGGACUUUCUCCUGCAGGACGGAACAUGGCGUCAUCCAACAGUGAAGCGGGAAUCCUGGUCUAGUUCUUCCUCAUCUAAGUUUAAUGAAGAAUGUAUUACUAUUUCUGGACUAAUACUAGAUGCUUUUGUGUUUUUCUGUCUGUACUUGAAGUAUGUAGAAACGCUGACGGCUGCUUUCUGAGCUGCGUGCAGUGGGAAGGGUUUUCACGGCACAUCAACCACAGCCAGAUAUUAGCUGGAAGGACUGGAAGAUUAUUAUAGUUUUAUUAAAUAAAGCCUGAAACAGUAAAGAUAUGCUGAUACUAUAGUAUCUGAUGCUUGGUACAGUGGUUUUUAUCUCCAAAAUGUGUUGAAUUUUGACUCCAAAUGAGAUGUUUUUACAUUUUUAUCUCAAAAAGAAAAAGUGCCUCUUUUAUUUUCUUUAAAAAAUGUUUUUAAAACAAAGAUGAAGAGAGUAUUAGUUUUAAAGACCCUCCCCCCUCAUCCCUGGUUCGCCUCCAGUUUACAGUCAUACAAACAUAUUUGUGUUUUAUUUGUAAUUUAAAUUAUUUUCUGUGCAUCAUCUGUUAAAAAAAAGCACAGGAUCUGAAAACGAGAAAAGUCUGGGUUUAAAACUGCAUGACAAACACUGAACAGGUCAAAUUUCACCUUUUUUAACGGAACAUGAAUUUAACUCCGCCCCCUUCCCCAUCAAACACUGGAAAUAAAUAAUCUUUAUUAAAUCUC